AUGUCACGUCCCGAGGAUACCCUCGCCGCCGAUAUCCACUACGACGAUGUCGAGGCCCGGAAAUACACGACAAGCUCCCGUAUACAGAACAUCCAGGCCUCCAUGACAAGGCGAGCACUUGAGCUCCUCAACCUAAAAUCGCCAAGUCUAAUUCUCGACAUUGGUUGCGGCAGCGGUCUCUCAGGCGAGAUUCUCUCGUCAGUGCCAGAAGAGGAAGGGGGACCACAUGUCUGGGUAGGCAUGGAUAUCAGUGCCUCCAUGCUGGACGUGGCGCUCCAACGGGAUGUGGAGGGCGAUCUUCUGCUUGCGGAUAUCGGGCAAGGCGUGCCGUUCCGCGCCGGCACAUUCGAUGCCGCCAUCAGCAUUAGCGCCAUCCAGUGGCUUUGCAACGCCGAAAACAGCGAAACAUCACCAGCCGGCAGGCUAUCGCGCUUCUUCAACGGGCUUUAUGCGUCGUUAAAGCGCGGCGGCAUGGCCGUCUGCCAGUUCUACCCCAAGAACGACCUGCAGAAGCAGAUGAUUACAUCGGCCGCCGUCAAGGCUGGCUUCGGCGCCGGUCUGCUCGAGGACGACCCCGAUACAAAGAAUGUCAAGGUGUACUUGGUUUUGACUGUGGGGAGCAGCGCGGUUGCCAAUAAGGGCGGCGACAUCACGGGCGUUGUUGAGGGUAUGGACAACGUCGAUGUCCUGGACAACCGGAAGAAGGGGAAGAGCGGCAAGGGCGAGAUCAAAAAAGGCAGCAAGGCAUGGAUCAUCAAGAAGAAGGAGCAGAUGGAAAGGAAGGGGAAGAUUGUCAAGGCGACCUCCAAGUAUACGGGGCGGAAACGUCGGAUUCAGUUUUGA